CUAACACUGGCAUUGUCUGUAGCUUUAAAUGUAAAAUGUGUUUGUUCUCUUUCAUUAUAAGGGCUGAAAAAUGAUUCAAUUUUGAGUCAUGCGAUGGAUUUUUGUGCAGAAAUUGCCUCAUGCAAUGGAAGCAAUGAUAAAAGUAAGGAAUUUGCUAAUGCAUCGAGUUACAAACGGGAUGAAACAUUUGAUAUAAAGUCCAAUGGUAAUGUCAACAACGACCCUUCGCAAUGGCCGCUCAGGCAUAACAACUACAAUGAAAGUCUUAAGAGGCAUGAAUCAUUAUUGUUUAAUGGGUUUGGAACAGCAAAAAAACAGCGCUUUACAUACACCGGUCGAAUUUCGCGCAUUCCUUCUCGAUAUCUUGACACAGACUCUGAUAGUGACGACGGAAAUGUGAGAAAAGACGGUGUGCAAAACAGAUUGAAAACGAAACGUACACGUCGGAGAAGAAAGCAUACAAGCAAUGGUAGCAAAUUAUUAAUAAAUGGCUUUAAAAAGAACGAAGAGUCGUUGUUUUUUUCCGUAUCGGAACUAAACGUUAAUGAUACAGGGAGAAAUGUAGGUAGGAAUGAACGUCUUGCCAAUAUGGAAUACACUCAUGUUUGUGAUGACUAUUCUCCUAAUGCUAACGAUAAAAUUACUCAUGUUGAUGACGAAACAUCAAGCAGCAAGAAACUAGGGAAAAGUUUCAUUCACCUAAAUGGCGCAACCUGUUUGAGAUCCACGAAUAAUAGUUCAGUCAACGAGCUAGAGAUAGAAGAUUCAACGAUAUUCAAUUCUGUAAGGAUAGGAUAUUCAAAGAGUAGUGGUUUUUGUGCAAGCACGGACAAAGAAAUGUCUGGUGUUUGUAACGAGGAAGCUAAAGAUUUGAAAAACGAGGACAAUGAGAGUUAUAAGAAUGCAGUUUCAAAUAUUUUUGCUAGACGUAAAUGUCAUUCGUCAACGACAGUCGUCAGGGAAAACGACCGUUCAACAGACAACCAAACAUUGCAUACGACUGAAAACGUCAGUUCAAACUCUUUGCCUAAUGACAACUUAAAUGAUAAAACUAGUGAAAAUUCUGAGAUAAAUCUAUCAUUUAAAGUUAAUCCAAACACUUGCAAGGAAGAGUAUUCAGAUAGAGCAGACUUGAAUGACCUUGCAAGGAAUAUGUCGAGGAAAAAACGCUUAAAUCGGAUCAAUAAAAGAUCUGGCCGAAAGAUUCUGUUGAAUAGCAAACUUAAAGAUACCAUUUCUUUUUCUUCUGUUGGUUUUAACUCUUACCAUAAUAUGGAAAUUGAUAAUUUUGUUUUUGAUAACAAAAUGAAAGGUAAUGUUCGAAAAAGAAGAAAGGGUGUUGUUAAUGGAAAGGUAAAUAUAUCUGGUGCUGGAAAUUGUGGAAAAAUAUCCAAGCAGAAAAGAAAGUUGGCUGAAAAUAUAACAACAUCAAAAGAUGACAAGGCUGGUAAGAAUGCUAGUGAUCUUGAUCGGGUAUUGGGUAUGCGUAAAAAUAUCAAAGGUGGUUAUGAAUUUCUUGUGGAAUGGGAAAAUGGUACAAGUUGUUGGGUUUCAUCAAAUGAUAUUAUUAAAGACAAGCAUAAUUACUGGUUGCGUCAAUAUCUUGUGGAAUGUGAACAAGAUGUGUCUGUAGUCAAUAGGGUACCAUUUCAAGCUUAUUGCUGUGACAGUCUAAGUUUAAAACACUGCAAAUCUACAAUUGAAGAUAUUGAACAAAUGCUUUGUGUUGGUAAUAAAACUGCUCAAUCAACAACAUCAAAAAGAAGUGGCUUGACUAUAAAAAUAGAUGACCAAGUAUCUGUUAAAUACAAGGCAAAUUAUUGUUACAUUUCUUUGCACAGAGAUACAUGCACUCGAACUGAUAUGUGCAUGAAAAAUAUGAUGGACUUGAUUGAUGCAUUAGAAGAUGCAUCAAAUACUGAGUGUGAUGUUGUUGUUGUUGAGGGCUUGCAAGGUGCUCUUUUUUGUGGCUUGGAUCUUCAUGAUAUGUUGUCAAAAAGAGAUGAAAGGGAAAAUGCUAUUUUGUCAAAAGCAAGGUACUUGGUGCAAACAUUAAGCAACUAUAACAAGCUGCUUGUUGCACUGAUAUCUAAGUCAGUAGGGGGAGUUGGUGCUUUACUUGUAUCAUUAUUUGAUAUGAUAUGUGACCAGGCUACAUGGCACGGUGAAGGCAUUUUGUUGUCUUGCCAAGACGAAAAAAUCCAGAAGUUCAAUGUUGCAAAAGAUGCUUACACUUUACCAAGAUUGUCUGGUCAUUCACACUUGAGUGAGGAACUUUUAAUGGGUGAACAUUUUGAUGAAUCUUCUUUGGCUUUGACAUCUUCAUCAAAUGAAAAUUUUCUCACUGAUGUUGCAAUUGUGAACAGUACCCUGAGAAAAAUUGAAAAAAAUUUAAGAAGGAUAGGGAGGUUUGAAAGAAAAACGUCUCCAGAAGUGCAUAACUUAGGGUUAGAUUGUGAACCGUUUUUUGUUCUGUUUGAUGACGUUCCUCUCAAUCUUGAUGUUUCUAAGGAGAAUAAAACUGCGGGCGAAGUGUGUGCUCUAUGUGAUAUUGAAAAUCGCGAAUUAGUUAACGUGACGGAGAAUAAAGUUACUUAUGAAGACAUAUCUUGCAGCAAGUAUAUAAGCUUAGCCGAGCAACCAUCAAACAUUUAUCCUAAUCUUCACGUCGUGUCAAAAUGUCCUUCGAGCUCCUACAAUAAAAUGGGAAAAGCCUGUAACCAAAACAACACCAAGGCUUUGCAACGAAAAACUGAUGUUGAAAGCGUUAGCAAUGAGGUUGUGGAAGUAGCUUCUGAGGCAUACGCAAUUUCCAAUGAUGGUCGACAAACUGCAGCUCGUCUGAACUUGGGCCAUGAAGCUCUUACUAACGAAUUGGAUUCGUCCGUAUCUUUUUCCGAUAUGCCAAAGGAUUUAACUGUGGAUAUUCGCACAUAUAAUGAAACUGAUUUUCUUGAUGAUAAAGGUGUUGAGAAAACAAAAGAGAAACCCAUCAUCUUAAUGACUUCGAACAAUACUAAAUUGAAUGGAAUUUAUUUGAAUGACUUCGAUGAUCUCACCAACGUGCAGAAUUGCAAGAGUGCUAGUGAUUGCUAUAACGAUAGAAUAUGUAAACAACUUAUGGACGAUCUUCUGUUACGGAUAUGUACAGGUAAUGAUUUCCCCAAGAAUGAUGUGAAAACCGAAAGGGGAGUGAAUUUUGGAAAGUUUUUCACCAGUGAUGGCGACCAAAUUCCUCAUGAGAAGGAUUUAUCAUCUAGGCCUUCCAUUGAACAUACUGUAAAUAACACGUCACAUACUCAUGCCAAAGCAGAAACUCGCCUCCUUGAAACGGAAGACGCUGAAAUUGAAGAGCAACAUUCAGAAAAAAAUUGUAAAAAAAGUGCUCGCAGUUAUAUUUUAAAUCCCAUUCACAAUAUUCCUGUAUCAAAAGAAAACAUUCUAAAAAAGUCAAUGUCUUCUCCGGUAUUGACGACUUCCUCAAACACUGCCAUCGGCACUGUAAAGAUAGAUGUUAGAACGCAAGCAUUAGAUCGUGCUGUUAUGUUAGACAAUAUGUCUGGUCGUAUUCUUUGCCAUGAUAACGAACAAUCUAUUGUGAACGAAAGGGCCAAUCUUGAAAGCUGUCAAAAGACCUCAGUCGAUCGAUAUCUUACAAAAUUAGAAGCCCAAAUUAAGGAAGAAAAAACGCUGGCAAAUGAAUACUUAAAUGAGUUUUCGAGAUUGUGGAAAAGUCCUUUUUUACCCAAUUAUAAAAAAUAAAGUCGGUUAAAUUGCCUAUUGGACAUAACUUGCAUUUGAAAAAUCCUUUGUUUACGGUUUGUAUUUUGUAACUUUCGUAAAAUGUUUGUGUGUGCAAUCAUUUGUACAAACUUCAAGUUGUAUAUACAUGCAGUUUGCCUAAAAAUUUGGAAUAAGCACUUUAGAACCAUAUUGUUCUCUGUGAUUGAUUUGUCUUUAACGAAUCAUUGAAUGAAUUUUGCUGUGUGCCUUUUGGGUUUGUUCCUGAUUCUGAUGGUCACUAGAACACAACUGAAGAGACGUAAUUGAAGAUUUUUUAACCGUUUUUCCAUGUCAAUUUUCUUAUCUCUAAAAUGUGAAUCGUUUCAUAGUAAAUCACGGUACCAUCACUACUGUGUGAUUUUAUUUGACUAUGUAUCGUCAUUACUGUAUGAAUUUAUUUGACUAUGUAUCGUCAUUACUGUAUGAAUUUAUUUGAGUAUGUAUCGUCAUUACUGUAUGAAUUUAUUUGAAUAUGUAUCGUCAUUACUGUUUGAUUUUAUUUGACUAUGUAUCGUCAUUACUGUAUGAUUUUAUUUGACUAUGUAUCGUCAUUACUGUUUGAUUUUAUUUGACUAUGUAUCGUCAUUACUGUUUGAUUUUAUUUCACUAUGUAUCGUCAUUACUGUAUGAUUUAUUUGACUAUGUAUCGUCAUUACUGUAUGAUUUUAUUUCACUAUGUAUCGUCAUUACUGUUUGAUUUUAUUUCACUAUGUAUCGUCAUUACUGUUUGAUUUUAUUUGACUAUGUAUCGUCAUUACUGUAUGAUUUUAUUUGACUAUGUAUCGUCAUUACUGUUUGAUUUUAUUUGACUAUGUAUCGUCA